UUUUUGGAUAGUAUAUAUACAAGAUUCAAUUUACUGUUUAAAGUCGUGUGAAAAAGAAGGAAAUUACUGUUCAGAACCAGGUAGUACAAAUAUAAGAUUAAAGCCGGAUUACUAAAUGUUUUCAAAAUAAGGGGACUGAAAAUACAAAGAAAGACUAAAUAAAGGGAAAAUAAUAACCCUAGGUUGUGGUAGGGUAAUAUAGUAAAUUAGUAAAAUAAGCCCACUUUUGGCGGGAGAAUUCCCCCAGAAAUUUCUCCAAUUUCACAACACUCCUCCUCCACUCCCAAAAAAACCCAUUCAUCUUCUUCUUUCACUUUCUCUCUCUCUCUCUGACAAAAAUGGUAAAGCUCCGCCCAAGAACAGCGGUUGUGACCGAAGCACCUGAACCGAAGUUGGAAGAAGAACGAAUCUGCGAAGACUUGAUGAUUCUCUCCGACGAUUCGGACGACAACGAUUCAUCCUCCUCCGAUUCAGCGGUCAAACACUUGCGCGGACGUUGGGAGCUUGCUUCCGUUCUCAAUUUCUUAAAUGUCUUUGAACCACUUGUUUCGGAGAAAUUGAAGUUAACAGCUGAGGAGAUUGAGAUGGGUCUUAUCGAGUCCAACAACACAAACGCGCAGCUUCACAUUGCUCUUUUAAAGGGGAUACCACCGGUAAAUAAAAACAUUGACGAUGAAAAUGCAUGGAUCACGGUGUUGUGUAAGAAACUUUCUCCAUGGUGGCCAUGGAUUGCUACUGGUGAAAUUCCUUUAACUGCUAACAAAGGGAAGGAGAUAUCUGAAUACCAAGGACUUAACCCUAUUAAUCGCCUCAAGUUUCUCAAGGCACUUUGUGAGCUUCGAGUCCAACAAGAUGAUGUUCGUUCUUAUAUUCAAGAAAAUACAAAGGAAGAAGACUUGGAUUCCCAUUUCCGCAAAAGGAAGUUAGGAGGAGAUGGAAAGAAGACUUCUUACUGGUUUGAUGGUAAUGACAUGCAAGGGUACAGAUUAUAUAGGGAAGUCAAUGAAAUCUCAAAGAAGAAUGCUUUCUCAGAUAAAUCUUGUUUGAGCUGGGAAAUUGAAGCAACCAAUCUUGAUGAAUUUCAGAGAGUCGCUAGAGAGUUAUCAUCAAGCAAAACUUCUCCUUUGGCUGCAACUGGCGAGAUGAUUGAGACAGAAGCUAUACCUGUGGUUGAGAAAUAUCAUAAAAAGAAAGAAAGGGCCCUGAAAAAGAAAAUGAAGCUAGAGAAGGUCGUUAAUGUCAAUUUCUCCCGUCCUAUGCGAAUUACCCGUUCUUGUCGUAACCGCAUGCCUGCUACUUACACCUUUGAUGACUAUGACAAGAUGAUCAGUGAUGCUGUGGAGGAAAGAGAGGAAACGGAUAAAGAUGAGGUAGAAGGAAGGGAGCAACAAAGUGCCUCAUUGGGGUCAAACGAAAGUUCUGAAGGUAACAAGAAAAAGUUAACAGAGGAUGAAGAACCUGAAAUCAACAAAGAGGAUGAAGCACCUGAAAUCACUAAUGACGAUGAAAAAGAGAAUGAAAAAAGCAAGGAGGACGCUGAGUCAAAGGGAGAGUACGGUGUCAAAAACAGGUUGAGACAAAGAGUUACCAGGAACUCAGCCCUCUGCUAGUUUAAAAACCUCAAUGUUGUUAAAGAAAUGGUAAAAGCUUUUGAACUACUCGACAUCGUUUCGUCUGUUGGUGGAGAGACUAAGCUUUUGAUUAGAUAUGGUUUCGUA